CCCGGAGUUCCGGAGUCGAGUCGCUGCCGGGGCUGGAACGGAGAUGCAGCCGCCCUCCCGAAAAGUGAAGCCGGCCCAGGAGGUGAAGCUUCGCUUCCUGGAGCAGCUGAGCAUCCUUCAGGCUCGGCAGCAGCGGGAGGCGGAUCUGCUGGAGGACAUCAGAUCCUACAGCAAGCAGAGGGCAGCCAUUGAACGGGAGUAUGGGCAGGCACUCCAGAAACUGGCUGGGCCAUUCCUGAAGAGGGAAGGGUACCGGAGCGGGGAGAUAGACAGCAGACCUUCUCUGGGGAGAGGCAGGAUGGUGUUUGGUGCCUGGCGCUGUCUGCUGGAUGCCACCGUGGCUGGGGGCCAAGCCCGACUCCAGGCGUCUGACCGAUACCGUGACCUGGCAGGGGGCACAGGGCGGAGUGCCAAGGAGCAGUUGCUGAGGAAGGGGGCAGAGAACCUCCAGAGGGCACAGGCCGAGGUGCUGCAGUCUGUCCGGGAGCUGAGCCGAAGUCAGAAGCUGUAUGGGCAGCGGGAACGUGUGUGGGCAUUGGCACAGGAGAAGGCGGCUGAUGUCCAAGCCAGGCUGAACCGAAGUGACCAUGGGCUCUUCCACACUCGGACCAGUCUCCAGAAACUCAGCACCAAGCUCUCCACACAAUCGGCCCAGUACUCCCAGCAGCUGAAAGUGGCCCGCAAUGAGUACCUGCUGAACUUGGUGUCCACCAAUGCCCACCUUGAACACUACUACCAGGAGGAACUGCCCGCGCUGCUCAAGGCCCUGGUCAGCGAGCUGUCGGAACAUUUGAGGGACCCCCUGACCUUAUUGAGCCGCACGGAGCUGGAAGCAGCAGAGAUGGCCCUGGAGCAGGCCCGCCGUGGAGCACAGGCAACCUCCCAGGUAAGCUGGGAGCAGGAUCUGAAGCUCUUUCUUCAAGACCCCGAGGCAUUUUCCCCCAUACCACCUCAGAAGUUUCAGCCCGCAGGGAAUGACCAGGUAUGUGCCUUGGAGCUGGAGGGUGUUACUGGAGGUGUGGCUGGGGAGAGUGACCUGGAGAAAGAGGUUCAGCGCUGGACGAGUCGAGCUGCCCGAGACUACAAGAUCCAGAACCACGGGCUUCGGGUGCUGCAGCGGCUGGAGCAGAGGCGGCAGCAGGCUCCAGAGCGGGAGGCUCUGAGCAUAGAGCAACGGCUGCAUGAAGUAAGGCAGAGCAUCCUGCGGGCACAGGUGAGCCAGGUGAAGGGGGGUGCCCGGCUGGCCCUGCUGCAGGAGGCUGGCCUGGAUGUACAGCACUGGCUGAAGCCAGCCAUGACCCAGGCCCAGGACGAGGUGGAGCAGGAGCAGCGGCUCAGCGAGGCCCGGCUGUCCCAGAGGGACCUCUCUCCCACGGCUGAGGAUGCUGAGCUCUCUGACUUUGAGGAUUGUGAGGAGACUGGAGAGCUCUUUGAGGAGCCUGUCCCCCCAGCCCUGGCCACCAGACCCUUCCCCUGCCCCGCACAUGUGGUGUUUGGCUAUCAGGCAGGACAUGAGGAUGAGCUGACUAUCACAGAAGGCGAGUGGCUGGAGGUCCUAGAGGAGGGAGAUGCCGACGAAUGGGUCAAGGCUCGGAACCAACACAGCGAAGUAGGCUUUGUUCCUGAGCGCUAUCUCAACUUUCCCGACCUCUCCUUCCCUGAGAGCGGCCACGACAGCAGCAUGCCCUUAGGGGCAGAGCCCACAGCAUUUCUGGCUCGUGCCCUGUACAGCUACACGGGACAGAGCGCAGAGGAGCUGAGCUUCCCUGAGGGGGCACUCAUCCGCCUGCUGCCCCGGGCCCAGGAUGGAGUGGAUGACGGCUUCUGGAGGGGAGAAUUUGGGGGCCAUGUUGGGGUCUUCCCCUCCCUGCUGGUGGAGGAGCUGCUUGGUCCCCUAGGGCCUUCUGAGUCUUCAGACCCUGAACAGAUGCUGCCAUCCCCUUCUCCUCCCAGCUUCUCCCCUCCUGCACCCACCUCUGCUUUGGAUGGGGCCCCUGCACCUGUCCUGUCUGGGGACCAAGACCUGGACUGCCCUGGACCCCUGGACAUGAUGGCGCCUCGACUCAGGCCGAUGCGUCCACCGCCUCCCCCACCAGCUAAAGCCCCAGAUCCUGGCCGUCCAGAUCCCCUCACCUGAAGCCAGGGGUACUACUGCCCCCAGAGAUGCUGCUGCUGCCCUGUCUCCGUGCUGUCAGAGACCACCCUUCAGUGAUCCGGAGUGACACAGCCAGAAGCUGGAAUCCCCCCCAUUUCUGCUCUUAUCUCCAGGGGUAGAAACUGCCCCUUUCCCAAUUCUGGGUCUGGGUCUCCUCCUUUUCCCCACAUUGUCCGUUCUCUUACUGUCUCUAGGGCUUGAACUACCCCUUUCUUUUUUACCACCACUCCAGCUCUAGAGUGGUGAAAUACCCUGAAAUCUUUGGGGCUGGACCCCAUCCCCCAAAGUCUUGAGUGGCUCUGGACAGUGUGUCUCCACCUUGGCUCUGUGACCCACCCCACUCCAGAUGCCAGGGCCACAGGGCUUGGGGGCUGGGACGGGGCAGACCUGUCAGAAGGAGUUGGAGCCAUUAUGUGAAACAACUGUAAUGGUCCGAGCAGAUUUAUUGACAGUGAAUAAAGGGCAGGGGGCCUAAGGUGCUAUUGCUUUAGGGGGCCUGAUCCCAGUUGCCACACUCUAGCAUAUGGAGCGAGGUGAUGGGGAACGUGGGUCAGGCAGCCUGUUGGCAGGCAAGGAAAGGGGACUGAGGGCCAGGGAUGGGGGUGGGGGUGGGUGCCUUCUCCCAAUGUCCUCCAGGCUGAGACGGAUUAGGACCGGUCCCUCAGCUGGGGGCAGUG